CAAGUUAGUUCGUGUUUCCAAGCUCUUGACAUUUUUUUUAAACGAAAAUAUUUUCACGGUUUUCACGCCGUAGCAGCUGUUUCAUGACUGAUAUUGCUCAUUAGAUAUUAAUUACUUGAUCAUUAUCGUGUCAGCAUGGCUAAUCUUCCAACAAAUGCACAAGUGUGUGUUUUUUUGCUGGCGAUAGUUUGUUCCUGUUUUCAAAGUGUACAAAAUAAUCCUGAAGAAGAGAGAGUCACUCUUUCACAGGAUGAUCUAAAAACAUGUGAUUCUGAUGACCAAGACUGCAAUGACAGAGUCUUGAAGGGAUCUCAGAGCGAUGACAUGCUGGUAAAGCUUGAAGGAUUUAAGGUUGGUCAUGUUCAAGAGAUCAAUAUUGUAGACGGACAGACACAUAARCUAAUAACAAGAAGCAUGCGACCACUAAUGUUUGAGAUUGCUAACUUUCUGAGUGAAGAWGAAUGUGACCACAUAAUUGACCUGGCUAAAAAAGAAGGGUUAACAGAAAGUACGACACUUGAUACGGAAGAGGAUAGUGGCAGCAAUACGAAUACAACGGACCCAGCGGAAGAGAAUGAAGAACUUAUAAAGCAAUGCAAAGAAAUGGUUAAGGGUUACGAUGUGAAUAAMAACGGACUACUGAGUGGAGCAGAGUUGGCUCCUUAUUUAGAAAAUGUCUCUGCUAUACCACUGAAAGAAAAGGAAGUCGUUACAAUGAAUACGAAAGACGUGGUCUAUCGAACCUAAGCACACGAUGUUACCAAUCAAAUAUCUUCGUUUCUCCUCGUAAAGGCACCGCAAUAUUGUGGUAUAACCAUGAUAUAGACCCUGAUACAGGAAAGAUGGGACCAAUGGACAAGUUCUCUUUACAUGGAGGGUGUGAUGUUCAAGAGGGAAUUAAAUGGAUUGCUAAUAACUGGAUYAAUGAUUUCCUAUAAAACUGAAUCCCAGGAAAAGAUAGUACUAGCAGGAUGGGCGUUUCCCACUUGGAUAUAUUUCCYCGUUUCAAAUGCAAUUUUUUAAACAUUUGAAUCUAUGAUAGCUUUACCUUUGAAUAGGCAUAAAACCUAGCUUAGAGCUAAACAGUCAAAAAAUAAAUUUGCCGCUUGUGUAUCUGCGACGCUAUGUCGCGGAUGAAUGGUAUACUUUAUGAGAUGUAUCAAAGGACGCAAAGAUCGUUUAUAAACAACGAAACUUUUAGUUAGAGAAGACUAAUUUAAAGAAUCCUAGUAAACAACAAUGCAUUGCGCGCCGGAAAUAAUGAAAUGCUAAGAAAAGCGCCAUUUUCUCUGCCAGGCAAAAUGGAGGUUUUUUAGGUGAUGUUUGGGAAUCCAGUUCCAAUAUCGGUCUUGUUAUUCCUGCUAGAUGUGUUGUGAUUAUCAUGAUAUAGUACUACAUAGUCACUUAAUUUUUUCUCCGAGAUUUGAGAAAUUUUGGCAACUAAUCUAAGUUAGAUUUCGAAAGUUGUGAUGUCAAACAGUUAGACGACCGAAAAAUCAUAAUGUCACAAAAAGAAUCUCUCUGAAAUUUUUUACCUAUUUGCUGUAGACUGAAAAUAACGAAACUUUGGGAAUUUGUGGACUCGACAUUGGUUUAGUGAAUUUGCAGAAAUGUUUGCUCCAUCGAUGUAUGGAAGAGCUUCGAGAGCGAUGUAGGCGAACGAUGUAAACAAUAACACGGGCGCAGUGCAUUGUAGUUCACUAGGACUCCGCCUUUAAAGAAAGCAAGAAAAUUGCAAACARAAUAAACUAUUGGCCGUUCUGAAGUUCUCGGUCACUCCAUUUUUGAUUAUAUUCUUCAAAUUUAGUCUGUUCAAAUAUUCAAACCAGUAAAGUGGAACUUUGAAACUCGGUUAGUAAAAGGAUUGGUUAUAACUAGUAGAACUAGCGUGGACUGCGUCGGUGUUUCUGAACCAAACACUAGGAACUUGUCAGAUAAUUAAAAUUUKAUCACCGUAAAAAGCUUUGUGAAACUGAUGUUUCGGACGUUAGUCCUUCGUCGGAGUAAGUCAGAAAAGUAGUAAAAGGAUUCAAAACUUAGCGAAAGUAUUUAUGGCCAAAGUUACAAGCUUAAUUACCGCGUAGUAUUUAACAAUAUAUUCAUGCCUUUUUAACUAAAGACUGAAAGCCGUAUUUUCCUUUAGGCUAUACUAAAACUAACCCACGCUAUUGAAGCCAGAAUACUGCUGACUGAGUAGCUGUAUUAAUACUAAUAAAUAUCUGAAUUACAA